AAUAAACCACUUUACAUCACCCACGUAACGUGUCUGUACGUCGCACGUUGAUGACGUCAGGCUAGCAGUAGCGUGGGCUGUUAGCUACACCGUCCAUUUAAGCAACAGACUGGUCCUACAGCAUAAUUACGGAGAUGUCAUCCGUGUGUGGCACCAGUAAUGGCUUUCAAGAUGCAGGUCAAGAAGUCACAGAGAAACAGAAGAAUGAGCAUCCCCGAGUACUCAUCCCAGAGUUAUGUCGACUCUUCUACCAGCUGGGAUGGGUGACUGGAACAGGCGGCGGGAUCAGUCUGAGACGAGGGGAGAAGAUCUACAUUGCACCGUCAGGCGUCCAGAAGGAGAGAAUUCAGCCAGAGGACAUGUUUGUGUGUGAUGUGGAGGAGAGGGACAUCAGCUGUCCACCUGCUUGGAAGAAGUUAAAGAAGAGCCAGUGCACACCACUUUUUAUGAACGCCUAUACAAUGAGAGGGGCAGAGGCAGUUAUACACACCCACUCCAAGGCUGCUGUCAUGGCAACGCUGCUGUAUCCUGGCAAAGAGUUCAGGAUAACACACCAGGAGAUGAUCAAGGGAAUUCGUAAGGGCACCUCAGGCACCAACUAUCGGUAUGAUGACACCUUGGUCGUGCCUAUUAUUGAAAAUACACCAGAGGAGAAGGACCUGAAAGACCGGAUGGCUCGGGCAAUGGAAGAAUACCCAGAUUCAUGUGCAGUUCUCGUCCGCCGACAUGGUGUUUACGUCUGGGGCGAGUCAUGGGAAAAGGCAAAGACCAUGUGCGAAUGCUACGACUACCUGUUCGACAUCGCCGUCCAGAUGAAACAAUGUGGACUGGAGCCUUCAGCCCUCCCAAUGGAAGAAAAAGGAAUAGUGUGACAUUCGCUGGUGCUUUUUAAAGAAACAUUUGUCGCAGAAAGCUGAGGCCUUUUUCCCCAAGGGUCCUGAGCAGAUCCUCAAACAGAUGGAUGGGACAAGAAAGAUCAUCAGUAAAAAUACAGAAUUUAUAUUACCUUUUAAAUCAGAGACCAAACAUACAGCAGAAAAAUGAGAGAGGAUAUAUGUCAUAGAUUAUGAACCAGAUUUAUCAGUGAUUGAUAAUAAUUCCUCCAAAUCCUAAUUUCCAAGUGACAACCAAGCCCUAGACAAUCAAAGUCAUUAAUAACGUUGAUCUCGCAGACUUCAGAACAGGCAAAGGAUUUCAUUCUGAAUCUAAGACUGUAAUACUAAUUUCUAGAAAGAAAUGCCACUAAAUGAUGAUGCCAGUGGCAUCUGAAGAUGCAGAAGUACCUCAGGUAAGAAAUUAGUUAAUCUCAAAGUGUUGAUGUAAAGUAGAAGCCUGGAUUAAAUUCAACUGUCUAAAUCUAAGUCUGAAAGGCCAAUAUACUAUAUACUGUAGGUCUACAUUCACCCUAUAGGGAAACUUAUGAAUUGUCCUUAAAAGCUCACAGUGAAAAAUAUGUCUAACCUGACAAAGACUUAAUGGAUUACAAUCAUAAAAUGACAAAUGUGUCCUCUCCAAUCCUUGAUUUUCAUUGCAAAUGUAGUAAGUGUUCAAUGUAGUAAAAUAAUUCAGCAUUGGUUUGGAGUCACUGGGUCAUAAAACAUGGAAACUACUGAAAAAAUGCAGACUUUAACCAAAAAAUAUUUAUAUAAAAUAGAAGAUACACUAAAAUACAAAACAAAGAUCUGGGUCCCAUUGUUUUAUUGUUCUCUUUAGGCUGCCCUAGUGCUUUAAACAUUUCUGUGUCUGUAGACUGGGCUUCUACAGUUAACCUUGGUCAUCAGAAAGGUAAACCUAUGUCCACAGCAUCACAUCUACGAGUCAGCUGAGAACCCAGAGUCAGAGGACUGUACUGAAAUGUUACAUGAUUGACAAGGUAAAUGAACUGUAUUAAUGUGUAGCCACUAGCCAGUGUCUUAGAUUAUAGUGGAAUAAAGCAAAUUCUGACAACAAAUGAACUGAAUUAGGCCUUCGCAAGUCCUCAGCAGUGGUGGCACCAGUAAAGACAUUGUAAAGCAGUCCCAUUACAUUCUGGGUAACAAGCUUUUAACGUUGACUUCAAAAAGAGGGGUAGAAAAACUGAGUAACUUUUACUUUUGCAUUUCUUCCUCUGAUUUGACACACAGACCCUUUUCCACUACAUUUAAUCAUCACAACCAUCAUCACCAUCAUCGUCAAUCCUUUAUCUAAUUCUCAGGAGAACACUGAGGUUAAAGGCAGCUGUAGUUAAUAAUGUGAUUUUAGUGCAUUGGCUCUUUUUUCUUUUUUUCUUUCUUUUUUUUUUUUUUUUUUUUUUUUAGCUAAAACUAUUUGAAAAGUGUCCAUGUCCCCCUCCUUCUGGUAAAAUUAAAUGGAUAAAAUUGGUAAACAUUUAAUAACUAGCACUCUCAAAGCUGACACUACCCUGUGUUCACAUUGUCUUAUGCAAAUGUCGGUACAGACAAUUUAAUUAAGUUUAAUAAAGGACUUUUCAUUUAUUAAA